UUUCCGCCGCGGAGCCGAACGAACGCUCGCUUCUCUCCGCAACGAAAUAAUCCUUAUUUCCGCCGGUUCCGACCACCGGCCAACCGGAAGUUUGAAUCGUAUACUGCGUGGAAAAUGGCGAGCACUGGAGCCCCGCCCCCGCCACCGCCACUCGAUGACGAUGACGAUUGGUUCAGCAAGGAUAUCGACGACUUUGUAGUUGACAUCAAAAAGGACUCUUCGGCCGAACCGGGAGCAGAUGUUGACACGGCUGCAAGCUUGCUUCUAGAAUCGCUGCGGACCAAUCCGAAGCAGUUUUUCGACGAUGUCGGUGGCAAUUAUUUCGAUCCGUUCGUUGCUGCCCAAUCGGCGGCGAGUACUUCCGAAACGAAAUUCCACCUGCCGGAGGAUCGGAACGGCUAUGUGCAGAAGAUUCCAUAUUCGAAGCUGCUGAAUCUGUCGGAGAACGAAAGCCGGGAGGUGCUGUUGGACAUCUACAGCCAGAGGGAACAAUUUGUGAAGACAUUCAGCCAGGAAAAGUGCGGCGACGAGUUGAUGCUGGUGACGAUGAAGAUUAUGAACAAAAUCGCAUCGCUUCCGGUGUUCGAGAUUAACGAGGAGCUGUUCCUGGCGCUGGUCAAGGAAAAGAACUUUUGGAACAAUUUGAUCAUGUUUUUCAAGCGGAGCACCAAUCAGGCGGAAGCCCGCAAGAAGAAAAAUAAGGGCAAAGUUCAGGGUGUUAGUGUGAUGGACAUGUUGCUCGCAGUUGGCAAAGUGGUUGGGAAUGUUCGAAGAAUUCUCGGUGAGAAGAAACGGAUUGCAAAGUUCCUGGAAGAGCUGACGGCGGUGUUGGCGAAGGCCAGCGUAAAAUCGGACGCGCUUGGUCUGGGAGGAAGCGUUCCCAGCAGCAGCGUCAAGCACUGGAGUAUUUAUCCCACAUUGGACGAUCUGAAAGGUCCAGGAACAGACCUAAAACCGAACAUCGUAAGUGGGAAGUUUCCCUCGGUAGACCACUACCUUGAGGUGCACCUGAAUCUGCUGAAGGAAGACUUUUUGAUUCCGCUUCGCGAAGGCAUUGCAGCUUACGUAGCGCACAGCAAAAGUGGAUCGGAUAUGCCAUUCUACGGUGACAACAUCCGCGUCCACGGGUGCGUAAAACUACUUCUUCCGGGCAAUGUGAACCGUCGCUCUGCUAAAGAGGAGCUGGUCAUAGUCGAUUUGGAUCCGAUUGAUCGUAGUAUUAAUGGCGGUGGCAAGUCGAUGCGCUUCAGCAAAUGGGGUUUGGCGAACUCGAAGCGUCUGAUGCACGGUUCGAUGGUUUGCUUCUCGUCGGGAUUGCAGUUCGAUGAUUUGAUUGUGGCCAUCAUUAGCCACCGAGACGGCGAGCAACUUUCCAAUGGGUACAUAUGCGUUGAAAUCAUCAAAGUGGAAAACAUGAAUGACAUUUUCGAUCGCGAACUACUGAUGAUUGAGAGUGAGAUAUUCUUUGAGCCUUACCACCACGUGUUCAAUGUGGUAAAGAAUCUCAAACCGGACACAUUUCCCUUUAAGUCCUACAUUGUAGACUCACAAUCGCAGCAUCAGUACCCUGACUACAUCUCCCGGGACCGCAGGGCUAUGUUCAGCCACAAAGGGCAGCUCUACAAUGUUAAAGUCCCAAGUGAAUGGCCCGAAACUGGAUCACCCAUCGGGCUUAAUCCUUCACAGUACAAAGCGUUCAAGCUGGCGUUAACACACAAAUUUGCUCUGAUCCAGGGUCCACCCGGAACGGGGAAAACCUUCAUUGGUCAGGAAAUCGUGCAAGCCCUACUGUCGAACACGGAACACCAAAUCCUACUGAUUUGUCUCACUAACCAUGCCUUGGAUCAGUUCCUAAGUGGGGUGCUGCGUUACAGUAACAGCAUCGUGCGCAUGGGUAGCCAGUCAAAACACGCUCUUCUCGACAGCUACAACGUGAAACAGCUGAACGAAGACGUUCUCAUCGAUAAACGUCUCAGAACUUGCUACUACAACAGCAAACAAGAAUAUCUCAAACAGAUGGAAGAAUUCGAGAAACUACAGAAAGAAGGUAGCAGCGAAGAGAUCGUCCAUUGUUUGAACUGCUUGCAGCAAUCGUCUCGUCGGAUCCACGAACUAAACCAGCUAUCGAACUACGAGUUCGUCAAGAACAUCCGCGUAGUCGGCAUGACAACAACCUUUGCCGCCCGUAACCACACCCUCCUACAGCUGCUGAAAUCCCCUAUCGUCCUGAUCGAGGAAGCUGCUGAAGUCCUGGAGUCGCAUAUCGUCGCUUCGUUGACCCCGUGGACUGAACAUUGCAUCCUGAUUGGGGACCACUACCAACUUCGUCCUACUACAAGCGUAUACGGCCUGGCCCAGCGCUACCAGAUGGACAUUUCCCUAUUCGAGCGCAUGAUCAAAAACCAGGUGAAUGUGGUUUGCCUGGAGGAACAGCACCGGAUGCGUCCGGAAUUUGCCGACUUGAUUCGACCGACCAUCUAUUGGACCUUGCUGGACGCUGAUUCGGUGCGGGGGCGCCCGAAGGUGAAAGGCAUGCGGAAGAAUAUGUUCUUUUUCACGCACACCGCACCGGAGGAUGUUGCCGGGCGGGAUGAUGAAAAGUCGAAGAAGAACAGCUACGAGUGCAAGUUCGUGCUCGGGCUGGGCGAGUAUCUGAUAGCACAGGGUUAUCGUCCGGAAGACAUUGUCAUUCUGACCGCGUACAACGGACAGAUGUUGCAGCUGGUGCAGGAACGUAAGGGCCACGAGAAGCUCCACGGGAUACGGAUAACCGUGGUGGACAACUACCAAGGUGAGGAGGCCAAAAUCAUCCUGCUCUCGUUGGUACGCAGCAACGACUCGAAUUCGAUUGGCUUCCUGGCUUCCGCAAUCGGAUUUGCGUAGCGCUGUCACGAGCCCGCAAUGGUCUCUACAUGGUGGGCACAUGGACCUGCUGGCGGGUGCAGCAAAAUUUGGCAAAGUAUUAAACAAAGACUGGAAGAACACUCGGCGAUUGGCGACACGCUGGGAACUGAUGUGCGAAGAACAUAUGAAUAUUAUUUAAGGUUCGAUAGGAGUCAUGUAACAUAAGGUUCUGUGUUUUAAACAUGUUCUUAUCAUUUACAGAUUAACCAUCCGGAUGAGUUUUGAAAAGGUCGGAUCGGUGGGCUGCCAGGACAUGUGUCGGGUGGUGAAAGAAUGUGGCCACCAGUGCGACAGUUUCUGUCACGGGUCCAUGUAUCCGCAAUAGAACCUGGUCUGUGCUAUCAGGAAGAGGUUGCCGGGUAUUAUUGAAUUACCACGAGAAUGGCAACGGUACAUGAUGCAGGAUUUUGACUAACAUUUCUAAUAAAAAGUUAAUAUUUACAUUUUACGCAAAACAAUUCACAACAUUUUAAAACCUUCAAGCAGAUUUUUUAACAAACGUCUCUUACAAUCGAUAUGAAAUGAAUUUUACGUACAAUUUUAGCCCUUACCCAUGAAUAUAGGUAACAAGAAUUAUAUGCCACUGUAGUGUAGAUGGAAAUGAAUUGAUAAACCCCUUUCUCUUCAGAAGAGAAAUACUCGUCUAGUUUAUAGAAUUCCACAAAAAAAAAACACAAAUAUAUUUAUUCACAAACGAAAA